UACCUCCCUCACACAGAGAAUCCCUCUCAUCACUAAGCCAGAAGCGUCGGGCAGAACCAAGUACAUGGGGGGGGGGACACCUGUACCAUGACUCCGUUCACAAUUCGGAUACGCGCUGCUAUACUUGGACAUAGGCGCUCACUUGAGGUAGCACAGGCGGGCGUACUCCUCAGAGGGAACUGGGCAAAGCAUCCAUAUACCCUUGUGUCGCAUAACCUUUCCGGCCCUAUGAGAGGUCCCCAAUAUCAGCAGGGCCUCUAAUUGCCCCUUCUUUGCACUCUUUUGCUUUCAAAAUUCGAGUAGAAGUGUCCCCGCCCGUGGUGCCCUGCACUGGCGCUGGUUGAUGACGCGCUGUCCCCUCCUUCUCUUGCCCUGGGCUUGGGACUCAGGCUGGCUGGCGUUGCGCACGGCAAGAGCGCGUUGGUUUGGUGGCUUCUCUGGCCGCGCUUUGGUGUGAGCCAUGUAUCGGAGACUCUCUGCAGAGCUCGAGUCUGACGCAUCAGCUAUAGUAGUACUGGCUUUACCUUAAAUUAAACCAUGGAAAAAAAUUACAAUACACUUCGGAAGACACACUUUUUGCGCAGUAAGAAUAAAAAUGAAAUGGAUUCUGAAGAUGUUCGGUUGUCUGCUCAAAAAGGACCCUUAAGGGACAAGUAUUGUCAGACUGACCAUCACCAUCAUGGAUGCUGUGAAACAGCCCAAACACUGGAGCCUGGAGACCCACCGCUAUUGCAAAAGCCUAUGCAGACUGCUAGAUCUGGUAUCCUGCAAAUUAUUGAAUGUUUUCGAUCUGGUACAAAACAGCUUAAACAAAUGUUAUUAAAAGAAGUGGAUACCAUAUUUGAAUGCAAGUCAUGCCGCAGUCUCUUCAGAGGACUUCCCAACCUCAUCACCCAUAAACAAUUCUACUGCUUAUCUAAAUUGCACGUGGAAGAAUGCCCAUCCACUGAAAAUGAUAAACCAGCUCAAGAAAAGAAGAAAGAUCUUCUGGAGACCAUUUAUCCAAGAGCAGAUAAAUCUGAACUUGUCAUACAGCUUGAACCUAUACAGACAAAUAAAAAUGCUGUUUUUCAGUUCGUUACAACAGCUGCAGAAAUCAGCACAGGUAACUGCAACCCACCUGAUCCUGGUGAGAUUCAAAUGACAGAAACAAUCUCUUCAACAGCAAUAUUAGCUCCACAAACAGAAGUUAAUGAAUUACCCCCUUCAGCUAACUGCAAAAAAGAACCCAGUUCCAGUAUUCCGGUGGAAAGCCCAGUACAGGCCCUUAGUAUUGUUUCAAAGUCUGUCAAAACAGGCAGCAGCAGUCAUCCAUUUUCUUGUCGUGUUUGUAAGAAAAAUUUCACCUGCAGGCGAGGUAUAAGACGACAUAUUAAAAAGGUACAUAGAAAAAAGCUUGAGGAUAUAAAAAAAUUUAUUGAAGUCCAUCGAAUUCCAACACUCUCAAAAGGACGUAAAAGAGCUCAUACAACAUCAAGCAAAAGCUGUCACAUGUGUCAGAAAUCCUUUGCGACAAAAGCCAAUGUUAGGAGACAUAUUGAUGAAGUACACAAAGGAAUGAGACGGGAUUCCAGUCUUCCUGAAGGAACUGCAAAACCUGGAAAAAACUUGGCUCCUGAAAAGGCAUCGUCUAAAAAAUCAGCAAAAAGUUUGUCUCGUACACAAAAACCUUCUGGGAAAUCUGAUUUUAGCUUAAGCUCAUGCAAAUGCCCAUAUUGUAAGAGACGAUACACUUCACGUUACCUUCUGAAAAAGCAUGUUCAUAUAGUACAUAAAGCAAUGGUUUCUGCAAAAGAUUCUAAACAAGAUAAAGAACAGAAUCAUGCUGCUCAUGCAGAUGUUAAAGUGAAAAUUGAAAGCUCAAGCACUAUUGAACCUUCAACAAUAACUGUUUCUAAUUUGUCUAAUAGUGAAUUAAAGGGAGCCCAUUCUGCAAAUGAGAAAAAGAUUACAGCUGCAACACAAAAAAGUAAAAUUAAACCUGACGUAGAUUCUCUCAAGGCUAGUCCUAAUGACAAGAAGAAAUUCAAGAAGCCCAAACUUUCAGCUGGCUUUGACUUCAAACAGCUUUACUGUAAACUUUGUAAAAGACAGUUCACAUCAAAACAGAAUCUUACAAAGCAUAUUGAAUUGCAUACAGAUGGCAACACCAUUUAUGUUAAGUUUUAUAGAUGUCCUCUUUGUAGCUAUGAAACCCGUAGGAAACGUGAUGUCAUUAGACACAUUACUGUCGUGCAUAAAAAGUCACAACGGGCUCUAGUGAAAAUAACUGGCAAUUUGGAAAGUAGGGCAAUAAAAAAACCUAUUGAUAUCGUUCUAGAUAAAGCUGUAAAGAAUGCUCCACAGAAAGAAAAAUCAAAACAGCUUACUUUAAAACAAGAAUUUUUUCCAUCUCCAAAUAAAAAACACAACACAGGAGAAGCGAGCAUUGAAGUGAAAGUGACCAAAAGCUUUUCACUGCUUAAAUGUAAUAAAUGUGGCAAAGCAUUUGCAAAAAAAACUGAUCUGGAUCAGCAUAAAAGAGAUCACAAAGCAAAUUCCAAUAGCUUGCCCAUGGACUCCAAAACCAAAGGAAGAAGUACAAGGUCUAAAACCCUUAUUUGAGGAAAUCUUUAUCCUUCCUACAUGAUAUCUGAUUUUUAAAUUGAAGGCUUAUCUUGGUUUUACUCCAUUUGUAGUGCAGGGUUUUGGAAGUGAAUAUAAAUACAUGCACUAAACUGAAUACAAUGAUCAGAUUGUUUUAUGUCUUUGGCUUUCUGUUGCUCUGAUUCUUGUUCUUUCCUGCAUGCUGCUUAACAAAGCAUUGCACUUACAAGAUAUGUAAUACGUAUUGUAGAGAAUGAUACUACAUCUUUUCUGUUGAGUUGUUUAAAGAAAUUUAGCUUUUUACUGUUUGAUUAACUGAAACAAAUGAAGGAUAAUUUUAAGUACACUCUACUUCACUUAUAGAAUGAAAUGUAAUAACCUACUAGCACUGAAAAAUUCUACAAAAUAGUAUAGAAAAGCUGCCAACUAAUUAUUACAUAUUUAUUUUCUGAUGGAUUAAUACUGCUAGUAUAAUAAUAAUUGUGAGUUAUUACUUUGCCUAAAUCUAAGCAAUGUUAGCAAUGUUUUUUUUUUUUAUACAAUUUUAAGAACUCUACAUGGCGUGUUUAAAAGUAAGUCUAUUCCUCUUAUAAAAAUAUGUUUCUCUAAUUUAAUUUAUGCUGUUGUUUGCCCAAAAGUAUUUUGAACAUGUUUUUUUCAUAAGGGUUUUUAGAAUAUAGUUCAUGAAGGUCAGUUGCACCAUGUUGUUUCAAUGGAGUUUUCUAGAGGAAUAUCAAACAGGGUAAAAUGGCUUGGCAAGCUGCCUUUCCCUACGUGAGCACUGAAUUUAAAUGCUUUUGAGUAGAGGAGCAGACAGUUCAGAAUUUGGUUUACUUAUUAUUAAUAUAUUAUUUGCAAGUGGCAAAUUUAUAUUUUUAUUUCUAAAAAAAAUUUGCAGUACUAAAAAUAUUUCACCUCUUGCUUAUUUUGUAAUAUGCAUAUGGGAAAUAUUUGCUUAUAUUAAAUAGAUCUGUAUAUUUGACUGUAUUCAUGAAAUAUUCCUGCUUGCAAUUUAUACAAAGUAUCAGGAUUGUAGUGGCAAAUCAAUAGCAAAAUAAACUUAUGCAGUUGACUUAUAAUUGAUCUAUACUUUGCCAAAACUAGACUAGUUUCAAGGGGAACUAUCGCAAAAUUAAAAUUUAAAAUUUAAUAUAAGCUUGUGCAUACUGAAAUAAGAAACUUUUAAAAUACAAUUAAAUAUUCUGAAAUAAUCAACUUUAUCCUCACUAUCCCAGUUGGGUGUCACCUAGCAGAUAUAUUAGAGCUCAUUCCAGUACAAACAAAAUCUAAAAAAAAAAUAACUGCCUUUUGCACAAAUUCUGCAUGUAGAGAGACCUGAUGUCUGGUGAAUUUAAUAGAGUAAGCUCUAAUACAUCUUCUAGGCAAAAUGAGCCCCCCUAUAAAAAUAUUGGAUCUAACUGUCAAUGAUUAUCUGACACCCAACUCCUGAAAGAGUAUGAGAAGUAAGAGAAUGAAGAGAAACAUGCUGAGAGAGGAAUAGUGAAGAUGAACUUGAUUAUUUAAGAAAUGGUACAGAAUUUUUCAGUUUGUAUUUAGAAAUUUUCUUAUUUUAGUUUGAGGAAGCUUAUAUUAAACUUUCAUUUUCGAUAGUUCCCCAUUUAAUAACCAUUUUAGAGUUCUUAAUGCUGCUAAGGAUGCAUUAUCUCCCUUUACUGUGAAACUAAUUAUAUUUGCUUUAUGUCUAUAAAGGACUAGGUUUUUACCUUAUGUUGUAACUCCUAUUGGAUCAGAGUAACUUAAUCCAGAUCCACUACCUUAUGGAUCAUAUUUGUAUUGGUUCACUAAUUUAAGAAUGUGUGUAUUUGGAGUUUGUGCUCUUCCUGACAUCUUUUUAUCACUUCCUUGAUUUAUAUGAUUUAAUUAGCCUUGUUCAUAGAAACAUUGAUGAUAUCUGCGUUAAUAGUGUAGACAAAUACUAAAACUACUGCACAAUAGAAGGGAAAUAAAGCCAACUUAAACAUUGUCACAGAGACUUCUUAUAACAUUUCUGUAAUGUACAGAAAUAACAUGAAAUACAUUUGUUGUUCUGAGACAUAUAUGUUAUUUAGUAUAAAUUUAAGUUAUUAGUUACAAAUUACUUAGGUUGGAGGUGCCUCUGAUUACAAAACACAGUUUGGAAUUUUAAAGCAUACUAAGGAAGAAAAAGCAAACACUGGUCAGCCCCCAAUCUUAUUUUAAGUGUUCUGUGCAGCUGCAGCUAGUAACAUUAUAGGUGAAACGCCAGCAGCAGAUCGUUUGAUUGCCAGAGAAUUUUUAUCUGUCAUUUGUCUAAAAGAUAGAUGAACAAGAGAUAUGCUGUGAGCAUGAGUGUGGGUACCUUGAUGGGGGCAUAUUUAAUAAUCUAUUAAUACUCAAUAAUAAUUUUCUCCUGUCAUAAAUCUUUAUUUUAUUCAACUCAUUGCAGUUAACCCAGUUACUCUCCUUUUUCUGUAAGAUAGGUUCAGAAAAUGGUCUUAUGCUAACAGUAUAUUUGUUUGAAACAGUUGUAACUUGCAUAAUAUUCUGAGUUACAGUAGAAAAAUAAAAAUCUCUUUUUUUGUGCUAUUUUGUGAAAAUGUAACAAUUUGACAUUUGUUUUACUAUUUUAAAUAGAUAUUGCAUAUUAUCAGAUCUAAAUACACUCCUGUGAUCUGAAUGUGAUAGAAAAAUGAAUACUUCUGUGAUGGCACAUGUCCUAUUGGCAUAAUUGUAUUACAUUUGCUGGAAAUAAAAAUGAACUGGAAUUUU